AGUCAAAAUGAGACUUUUACUCCCCGUCUGCUACCUGCUGGCUCUACUGGCUCUCACCACUGCAGAUGCAGUGGGGUCUGAGACUGAGCCACUUGUACCUCUGCAGCUGAAGCCUGAAGGCGAGCUAUUUGCCUGCUGUGAUGGCACAGAAGAAAUUAGCCAAAGUUCCUCCAAUGACACACCUGCACCAGAGAGACCCGUCUGCCAAACUUGCACCACUGGUGCACAUAUUGAUACCACUGCAGAUGAGGUCAGCUCAAGUGAGGAGGAAGAGGAGGUUGUUUCAGAAGAGAAAUCUGCAGAGUUCAUUGAAGAUGAGACAUCUUAUGAAGAGAUAUUUGACGAGGAGGCUCAGGAAGAGGAGGUAGAACUUGAGGAAGAAACAUCUGAGGAAAUGGUGGAGGAAGAAGUCCUUGAGGUGGCAGAUGAUGUGGGAGAGGUGUCAGAACCAGAACCAGAGGUUGAGGUAGACAGUGAUGUAGAUGCACCUACGGCUGUUGAGGAACAUGUGAAAGACGAAGAGCCUGAGGAGGCAGAAGAAGUUUCCCAGGCUGAAGAAGGGGUGGAGGAUGCAGAUGAGGUUUUACAGACAGAAGAUGAGGUAGAGCAGGUUUCUCAGAAUGAUGUGGAGGUAGAGGAAGCAAAGUUUUCUCAGACUGAAGAGGAGGUCAUGGAGGAAGAAGAGGUUUUCCAGACUAAAGAGAAGGUUGAGGAAGACGAGGUUUCCCAGAGUGAAGAGGAAGUAAAGGUGGAAAUGGAUGUUUCUCAGACUGAGGAGAUCCCUCAACCUGAGGAGGUGGCAAAGGAGGUUUCAAAUGCCAAAGAGGCAUCUCAAAAUUUUCCACAGGUUGAAGAAGACACAGAGCCAUUGGAGCAAGUAGAGGAGAGACCAGAAGUGACUACAAUAAUGGCAGAGAACGAGGAUUUACCUGAAGAGGAGGAAGCUGUACCAGUGAAGGAAGGAGCAUCAGAGGUUGCUAUAGAUGCAGAAAAACAGCCUGUCAUUUUGAAAGAAAGUGUGAGGGUCUCAUCUGUGGAAGAACCUGAACCCUUCAAAGAAGCUUAUAUGGUCGAAACAGAAGAGGCUGUUGUAGCAGCUGCUGAGGAACUUGAGGUUGUUGAGGAGGUUGUGGAAAUAGCCCAAGAGGUAACUGAGGAGCUUGCUGUAUCUACUCAAAAACAAAUUGUGGUCCAAGAUGUUCCAACACUUUCUGAAGAAGUAACAGUAAAAGAGGUAUCAGCUGAAGAACCAGCACCCAAAGCAUCUGCUAAAGUGGUGAAUACUCCAGGUUCUGGCAUGAGAGAUCGGUCUCACAUUGAAGAAAUGCUGCGUCUGGCCACAGCUGAACCUUCACAGGAAUUUGUUGAUGCCCUGAAGAAGCUGCAACAUAUCUACAACGCAGCAAUUAAGCCCCUAGAGAAUGCCUACAAAUACAAUGAGCUCAGACAGCAUGAAGUGUCAGAUGCAGAGAUCACCUCUAAGCCCAUGGUACUGUUCCUGGGUCCCUGGAGUGUUGGCAAGUCUUCCAUGAUCAAUUACCUUCUGGAUCUCGAUGACACUUCACAACAACUUUACACAGGAGCUGAGCCGACAACCUCAGAAUACACUGUACUAAUGCAUGGUGGGAAGGUUCGCACCAUUGAGGGCAUUGUCAUGGCAGCAGACAGUUCCCGCUCCUUCUCACCACUAGAGAAGUUUGGACAGGGUUUCCUAGAAAAGCUGGUUGGAAUCGAGAUGCCACACAAACUCCUGGAGCGUGUCACCUUUGUGGACACACCUGGAAUCAUUGAGAACCGCAAGCAACAAGAGAGAGGUUACCCCUAUAGUGAAGUGUGCCAGUGGUUUAUAGACCGUGCUGACCUCAUCUUCCUGGUUUUUGACCCCACCAAACUGGAUGUAGGAUUAGAACUUGAAAUGCUAUUCAGACAAAUGAAGGGACGCGAGUCACAGAUCCGUAUCAUACUCAACAAGGCUGACAGUCUGACGACCCAGAACCUAAUGCGUGUGUAUGGCGCCCUCUUCUGGAGCAUGGCUCCCCUGAUUAAUGUGACUGAGCCUCCUCGUGUCUACGUGAGCUCCUUCUGGCCACAAGACUAUGCUGCCAACACCAACAGAGACCUUUUCAUGCGUGAAGAGAUCUCUCUGCUGGAGGACCUGAAUCAGGUAAUUGAGAACCGCUUGGAGAACAAGAUCGCCUUCAUACGCCAGCAUGGCAUCCGCGUACGCAUCCACGCUCUCCUGGUCGACCGCUACCUGCAGACGUACUAUGACAAGCUUGGCUGGUUCAGUGACCCUGAUGAGGUGUUCCGUGAUGUUGUCAGUGAUCCUGACAAGUUCUACAUCUUUAAGUCUAUUCUGGCCAAGACCAACGUGAGUAAGUUUGACUUGCCGGAACCGGAAGCAUACCGAGACUUCUUUGGAGUGAAUCCUCCCAGUGGCUUUAAGCUCCUUUCGUCACACUGCAGCUGGUCAGGUGGAUGCCUGCUGGAGAAGAUUGAGAAGGCAAUCACAGAGGACCUACCUGCUUUGCUCAGUAGCUUGGCAGUGAAGAAGGAAGCCAUAAUAGAGCCAGCUGCAGAGACCAAGGAGAAACCCAAAAACCGUUGGAGGAGACAGUGAUGGAGGAAGAGAAUGGGAGAGAGGGAGAAUAAAAGAGAGAGGGAGAGAUGGGAAGUAUGGAAAAGUGUAGUUCUAAUCCCUACUGGAGGAACAAUCAAUCAGUCAUAGGAAUGAGGGCAUCAAGCAAUGAAUGAAUAUAAUGAUGGUUUGAAUUUUGGAUGGAUGAGAAUAACAGUUUAUGGAAAAAGCAAGGGAGAGGAUAUAGUGAGAGCAUAAGAGAUAAUAUGAAAAAAAAAUAAGAUGAAAGAUUCACAGAAAUGCGAGGUCAGUUAAACAUAGGACGUAGAGAGACUUUUACCACUCAAUAUAACACAGGUAUGAACGAGGGGAAUCAAUUUCUAUUUAUCUCAUUCUUUUUUUCCCUUGCUUGUUCUAAUUUUAUCCAGUUAGCAAAGCAUUAUUUUACUUAUUUAUUUUAUGUGCGGAACAAUACCAUGUCAUUUAAUUGUAUUUUUCUUUGGAAUGUCAUUGUAAAAGUGAUCAACAUCUGUGGUAGAAAGCGUAACUUUACUAAAUGCUUUCUCCAUUACCUCAGUACCACUUGAUUUGCAUUAAUUAUUGUUCUUUGUACAGUUUACUGGUUUUAAAGUUGUUGGUAAAUGUUAAGAACUACAUUUGAAAAAAGAAGUUACAUAUUGACAUUACUGCAUGAUAAAACUAUGGUGAAAUUAAAUGUUUCUUUUAGAUUGUGGCUAUUGAUUCACACAAUAUUUAAAGUCAACAUUUAACUGACACAUUUAAAGGGAUAGUUCAACCAAAAAAAAAUAUUCUCUCAUCAUUUACUCAUUCUCAUGCUGUCGCAGAUGUGUAUGAAUUUCUUUCUUCAGGUGAACACAAAUGAUGAUUUGUAGAAGAUUUCAGCUCUGUAGUUCAAGUGAAAGUGGUGAUUUAUAGUAAAAAAGGACUUAAAUAUUGACUUGUUUCCCACCCACACCUAUCAUAUCACUUCAGAAGAGAUGUAUUAAACCACUGGAGUCAUACGGAUUACUUUUAUGCUGCUUUUAUGCGCUUUGUGGAGUUUGAAAGAUCUGGUCAUCAUUCACUUACAUUGUAUAGACCUACAGAGCUGAAAUGUUCUUUUACAAAUCGUUUGUGUUCUGAAGAAGAAAGUCAUACACAUCAUACAGACACAAUUUUCAUUUUUAGGUGAACUAUCACUUUGUCAAUAUAAAAAUACUCUGUAAAUAGCUGAAUUAAAACAAAUGAGUGGAUUGAAUAAAUUAAUGUGUUUACAACUGAAAUUGCCCUUUUUAUUAUGAAUUUUUUUUAUUUUUUUUAAGAUCUCCAGCAAGUUAAAAUUGGUGAUUCAAUUUCGAAAUGUACUUGCUGUGAACAUAAGAUGACCCAACAUAUCCACUAGAUGGCGUAUUUUACCAUUGAACUCGCUGCAUUACAAAUACUGAUCCGUUCAAUUACCUUUGGCCUCAUAAAAAGUACCGUUUAUGUUAUGUUGUUUAUCUGUUUUUAUGCUGUAAAUGAAACUAAAUAGCAGCAGAAAUCUAUCAAUUUCUAUAAACAAAUAAAAUGUCAAGAAGGGCAAUUUAUAUUUAUUGU